CAAAGGAGGAGUCGGGUCCUUCUCCUGGGUACAGGAGACUGGAAAGAGGGAGAGAGCAGAGAGACUCCAGAUUUCACCGCAUCGAGCUGGUCGGUUUAUGAGAUUGCCGUGAUGGGAGGAAGUUGGAUGGCGCGUUAUUUAUUUUUCACGCUAUUCGCUUGCUCUGUGGUUCAUCUCCGUGCUUCCGAACAGUUGUUCUUUGAACCCUUUGACGAUUCAUUCGAGGGAAGAUGGAUUGUUUCGGGGAAGGAUGAGUACAAAGGUGUGUGGAAACACUCCAAUAGUGAUGGACAUGAAGACCAUGGCCUUCUUGUUAGCGAGAAGGCCAGGAAGUAUGGCAUAGUUAAAGAACUAGAAGAACCAAUCAAUCUCAAGGACACAACAAUUGUUCUUCAGUAUGAAGUUCGCUUUCAAAACGGCCUCGAAUGCGGCGGCGCUUAUCUGAAAUAUCUUCGUCCCCAAGGUCCCGAAUGGAUUCCCAAAGAGUUCGACAAUAAUUCUCCUUAUUCCAUCAUGUUUGGACCUGAUAAAUGUGGCUCUACUAACAAAGUCCACUUCAUCCUCAACCACAAGAAUCCCAAAACCGGCAAAUAUGUUGAACACCACCUUAAAUACCCACCCUCGGUUCCAUCCGACAAACUUUCUCAUGUCUACACCGCCAUCCUCGAACCUAACAAUGAUAUAAGGAUUUUAAUUGAUGGAGAGGAGAAGAAGAAGGCAAAUUUUCUAACUAGCGAUCAUUUUGAACCCGCGAUAAUCCCACCAAAAACCAUCUCCGAUCCGGAUGAUAAGAAGCCAGAGGACUGGGAUGAGAGAGCGAAAAUUUCUGAUCCCGAUGCGGUGAAGCCCGACGAUUGGGACGAAGAUGCUCCCGUCGAAAUCGAAGAUGGGGAUGCAGUUAAGCCCGAAGGAUGGUUGGAUGACGAACCGGAGGAAAUUGAUGAUCCCGAAGCAUCGAAACCAGAAGAUUGGGAUGAUGAAGAGGAUGGAGAGUGGGAGGCACCAAAGAUUGAUAACCCAAAAUGCGCCGCGGCUCCCGGAUGCGGCGUGUGGAAGAGGCCGACGAAGAGGAAUCCGGCCUAUAAGGGAAAAUGGCAUCGUCCAUUGAUUGAUAAUCCAGAUUAUAAGGGCAUCUGGAAACCUCAGGAAAUACCGAAUCCGGAUUAUUUCGAGCUUGUGAAGCCUGAUUUUGAGCCGAUUGAGGCCAUUGGCAUCGAGAUAUGGACCAUGCAGGAUGGUCUACUGUUCGAUAACAUUUUGAUAGCUGAUGAUGAGAAAGUAGCAAUAUCUUAUAGAGAAAAGUUUUGGAAACCUAAGUAUGAGAUUGAGAAGAAAAUGCAGAAGGCUGAAGAAGCCGCCUCAAAUCUCCCUAAUAAACUAUCGAAUUUCCAGAGAAAAGUGUUUGAUAUUCUCUACAAGAUAGCCGACAUUCCUUUCUUGAAUGCAUACAAGAUAAAGUUUAUUGAUAUCAUUGAGAAAGGUGAGAAGCAGCCUCAUGUCACUACUGGAAUCCUCGCAUCAAUUAUUGUGGUGAUCGUCUCCGUCAUCCUCAAGUUUCUGCUUGGAGGAAAGAAGAAAACUACACCUUCUCAGGAACCUGUAACGGCUACAACCAGCGCUCCAGCUGAGGUGAAAGAAGAGGAAAAGCCUGAAACGAAAGAAGAAACCGAGAAAGAAGAAGAAAUUGAGAAAGAGGAACCCGGCGCUCUUCGCCCGAGAAGGUCCAGACGGGAGACUUAAAACUGUGGUUACAGUUCAAGGUAACCAGUCUCCCCAAGUUUCAGUUUUUCUUAUAUUUACAUAUUUAUCCUUCCCAGCACAUUAGUCUAGGGUUAUUAUUCUACUUUGAAAGAUUGUUUUUGUGGGUCUAAAACUCUAAAUAGCUACUGAAAGCAUUGUUAUUGUAGAACAUAGAUUCUUUUUUUUUUU